AUGACUUAUCAAAAAUGCCAAUACAUUGAUCGUCUUUAUGACAUUCCAAUAUCGACUAUCGACGGUCAAGAGUUUGUUCUAUUGGAAAAAAUACAGAAUUCUAUCAAUUCAGGUAUAAAAUAUUUUACUUACAAUGGUUUACUGAUACCAUUCGAAUGUGAUGGACAAGGCAAUAAACUAAAACCAUAUCGUAUUCGAGCUUUCAUUUUUGAUGUAAUUUACUGUUACAAACGACUGCCAUCUGAACCACAUAAUAAUGCAAUGAUACAAAUGGUUCGAGAUAUUCAUAGAGACGUACCUAUCAUUCGUGAAAAUACAGAGAUUUUGAAAAGUAAAGUUGAUGCUAUCCUUCGUCAAACAUUCGAACUAGCUGAAUUUACUAUACCUCGACUAUUCAUUGUUCUACCAGAAGAAACAACUACUUACAAUCCGGAAAAUUGGUUUCACUAUCGUUAUCGACUGUAUUUUCUAUGCGAAUGUGAAGAUGAGCAUGAACGUCAUCUGGCAUUUCAUGAUGGUUACGAAAUAAAACAGCCUCGUGAAUUCUUAAUUAAAUAUGGACCUCAUAUACGUCGAAUGUUAACAUUAGUAAAGUAUGCUACAACCAUCAGUAGUAUUGUUAUUCCAUCGAUCGCAUCUUUCAAGCCAAAUAAUUCGAUUCCAAAUGUUUUUAAAGAUCGAUUCAUGUGGGAAAAUUUUAAACAACGACUCGAACAAAUGAAUGAAACUCUCGAAAUAUCCGAGCGAACUGUUGACUUUUCAACAGAUCAAGCCGUUCGGCAUUUGCAAGGUGCAGAACUUCGUCAAAUAAAACAUUUUCUAAAAGGAGUCGAUAAUCAACAAACAUUAGGUAAUUUAUAUCGUACAACAACAAAUGAUGGACAUAUUCGAUGGGUGUGCAUUCAACAUUAUCAAAAUCCUUAUGCUGACACAAUUCUUCAAGAAUUACAAAAACGUUUUCGGGAAUUAGGUGGAGAAAUAAGAAGAGAUUCAGCUGUAAUCGAAGGACAAGAUUCGAAAAAAUUAUCACAGUUGUUAGAUUUACUUCGACAAGGUUUAUCUAUCAUUUCAAUUACUUUCAA